GGUCCGCCCCGUCCGAGGCGGGACCCCGCUGAAAACCCCCGGCCCCGGCCCCGCGCGCCACUCGGCCCGCAGCCCCUGCCAGAAGUGUACCGCGGCAACCGGCCAACGCACCCCACAGCCACCACUGCCCUAGGGAAUGGCCAACAGGGGACCUGCCUACGGCCUGAGCCGGGAGGUGCAGCAGAAGAUCGAGAAGCAGUACGAUGUGGACCUGGAACAGAUCCUGGUCCAGUGGAUCACCACCCAGUGCCGCAAGGACGUGGGCCGGCCCCAGCCCGGGCGCGAGAACUUCCAGAACUGGCUUAAGGAUGGCACGGUGCUGUGUGAGCUCAUCAAUGGGCUAUACCCCGAGGGACAGGCCCCAGUGAAGAAGAUCCAGGCCUCCACCAUGGCCUUCAAGCAGAUGGAGCAGAUCUCCCAGUUCCUGCAGGCGGCCGAGCGCUACGGCAUCAACACCACUGACAUCUUCCAGACCGUGGACCUCUGGGAAGGAAAGAAUAUGGCCUGUGUGCAGCGGACGCUGAUGAACCUGGGCGGGCUGGCCGUAGCCCGGGACGAUGGGCUGUUCUCUGGGGAUCCCAACUGGUUUCCCAAGAAGUCCAAGGAGAACCCUCGGAACUUCUCGGACAACCAGCUGCAGGAGGGCAAGAACGUCAUCGGGCUGCAGAUGGGCACCAACCGCGGGGCGUCCCAGGCCGGCAUGACUGGCUACGGGAUGCCGCGCCAGAUCCUCUGACCCCGCCCCAGCCCUGUGCCCGCCUUCCCAUGGAUGGUUAAUAUAUAUAUAUAUUUUUUAGCAGUGACAUUCCCUGAGAGCCCCUGGGACUCUCAUACUCCCUUAGCCAGGGUGGGGGCCCGGCCUGCCUCCUCUGGGGUGCCUGGUGGCAGGUCCCCCCCCAUCCCGUGCUUACUAAUACAUUCCCUUCUUCAAACCCACCAAAACUGGACCAACUGGCCUCCUUCCACCUGGGACCAAAAGUGGGGGGCCUUGCCACCCUGCAGCCCCAUACCUCUUCUCUUUCCCUUUGGCUUCUUUCCACCCUGAGCUCUGCCCUCAAUCUGUUCCUUGGCUGGGAGUCCGAGACCCUGCCUUCUGGCCUUCCUUCCACAAGUACGCCUCGCCCCUUAGCUGGGGCUGCAGGGACUUAAUUUAUAGGGAGAGGCCUGUGGUGGUGGCCACCGGCUG